CGGUGAUCUGGAUAUCAUCGGACCUCCCCUCUCUACACACACGCCCCCUACACCGCCCCGCUUCUGUCGCGCGCUUGUCCGUCCGCUGCCCUCCGCUCCUGGAGAAAGCCCCCUGCACGCAGAUCUUUCAUCAUGCGUAGCUCCUCUCUCCCGAUGGCCCUGAUGCUCGCCACGGUCUUUGUUGGCGCCCUCGGCACCGCGGCCGCGCAAAACUUCUACGACGGCGAGCCGUGGAAGAACUACGUGCAUCUGAUUGGCCCCCUGCCGGUGUCGAAGUUCGUCAAGGAUCCCAGCCCCUGCUCCAGCAUUGGCCUGAAUGUUCGCGAGCGCUACAUCGAGGAGCAUUGCACCUGGGGGCGGAAUGAGGCUUCGGAAAUCUGUGCCGAGCAGUGCUACAACUACAUCUAUGAUGUCCUCAACUGCCAGGUGUUUGACGGCCUGCGUGGCGAGUGCUUCGCCGGGCUGGAGACCAUGCGGAUCCGCUGCGCGGCCGAGGCCCCGGAGAGCUUUGCCACCCAUGCGGCCGACGGCACGCGCUUCACCUGCAGUGAUGGCUUCAGCAUCCGCGCGGGCGCCCAGUCGGUGGCUGCCGUGGCGGCGCUGGCGGCCGCGAUCAUGGCCUACCUCAUGUAAGGCGCCCGGGCCCGAAGGCGUGCGUGUCUACUUUGUAAUGGGCCCCGACGCGGACGCGGUGGGAGCGCCGGGGGAGGACGUGCGCGCGCGCGCCGUCCAUUGUGCACGGGCCCCGUGCUAUGCGCAGCAUGUCGCGCCCAUCCCCUUCGCCAUGCUCGCGCGUGCGCCCAUGCGCGGAUGACCAGGCGACCAUCUCCGUCAACCGGGCCCGGGUAGGCCCUCCCCCCGCUGUGAGUGCCCAUUACUUUUGGAGCAUCCAGCGAGGGGAGAGAAUACGCCCACGACACGCGCGCCCUGCGACUGCGCCUCUCCCGAUUGCCCCCUCAUGUGUGAGUGUAUCUCGACAUGGCCACUCGCUCGCCCCCUCCUGCCCCGUUUGCGCUCGGCGUCCAUCAUGCCUCGCGAGGGUACCAGGAAUCCGAGGCAUGCGCAUGGGGGGGGGUAGGGCGCGCUGUGUGUGGCACUUGGCUGCGUUAAAGAAAAAACAAUACACGACGAGCGAAGAUCCGCA